GUCCGUCCGUUGCACACCCCUAAUCUCAAGUACUGUCAAAAUUCUUGACUUCUCUCGAAAUCAUUUCCCCUGACUAAAUCAGAUUUCCUCCCCUCUCAGAUUCUUCAAUAGGGUUCACGUAAUUCUCCAUUUUCCUAAUGGAUUGGCAAGGACAAAAACUCUCAGAGCAACUGAUGCAGAUAAUGCUCGUUGCUUCUGCUCUUAUUGCUUUCUCUGUUGGUUAUGUGAUUGGUUCUUUUAGGUUGAUGCUGUUGAUUUACCUUGGAGGUGUCGUUCUUACUACUUUGAUUACUAUUCCUAAUUGGCCUUUCUUUAAUCGUCAUCCACUUAAAUGGUUGGAUUCGGACGAAGCUGAACGUAACUCUACACCACCGGAGACUGUUGUUCAGAAGAAAAAGACUUCGAAAGCUCAUCAGAAGUAGGUUUUAUAAGCAUUUGCUUGAUUUGGAUUUUAGAGUUUUGGAAGAAAAGUAUGUUAAAUUGUUGGAAUUCUGUUUCGGUGUAGUUGUUGCUUAUACUUUGGUCAUAUCAAGAAAACUUAGAAGAAAAUUAAGGGAAAUUUAUCUUUACUAAUUGAUUCUUAUUUCACCCAUUGCUUUAGC